UUUGGGGCAUGUGGCCAGUUGAUUAAAAGCCUGAUUGACAUCUGAAUAUGGCCCAGAACCAAACAGGGCCAGGGGAAGUGCUUAGUCAAUUUCGUCAUUAGUUGCAUCAAUUGGUACACUCGAAUGUGAUGUCAACGGCUCUGCUCGACUUCUUCCACAGACACUGGUGUUUAAACCAAUGAGCCCUGCGCGCGCGUGUGUGUGUGUGUGAGAAUUUAUAAAGGGCUCUGAUGAGGACGAGGAGCGGAUUUCAGUCUGUAGUUGAGCCUGCUGCACUGCGGCUCUCAGCAAAUGGAGGUGGCCAGGGAAGGUGGGAUCCUAUCUCAAAAUCUCUUGUAACUGAUGGCUGUACAGCUGUGGGAAAAAAAGCUAAAGUGGCCAAACUGCUCUUCCCAGUACAGUAAUUGCUUUUUUUUUCUCCAAGAGAAAUAUAAUAAGAACACGUAGGCGGUAAGGCUGGAAUGGUGGGUUUGAUUAACUCAGAAAUGCUUGAAUCCACCUGGACUUACCCAUGCGUUGCUGACAUCGUAAAGAAGUUAGGAUGAAAAAUGCUGUGGUAAGGUCGCUAAAUGUAUAAAGGAACCAGAAAUACCGUCCUGCUAAUUGCAUUAUUUUUCUCAUGACCAGAUCGCCGAGAAUACAGUGAAUCUCAACAGAUUUUGGAAGCUGAGCAUCGUUGAGCCUGGAUAUUGCUUCGAUGAGCGACCACCGUGUACAAACAGGUGGUAAUAGGCCCGUGCAGCUAUAUGGCCAGGUGCACGUCACCACCCAUCGUCGUUCCUCAACCAUCGCAUCACCCCGUCACCACCCGACGUUAUGGAAGGCGCAGUGAAAAACGUGAACCUGUCGCAGCCGGAGGGAGCCUGCUGCUAUGAUGAAGGAGACACCGUCAACAGCUUCUUAGACGACCGGGAUGAUGAGUUGGAGGAGACCCUGAGGGACUCGCUGAACGAGCUGUGCUCGCCCGACAGCAUGGGGUCCCUACUGGACAUUGACCCCAACAAGGGCUCCGAGGAAUGGGAUAAAAGCGCGUGUGUUGAUGGCAAUGAUUAUGGCAGAUGUGAAGGUUAUGUUGAUCAGCUGCGCUCCAUGUGCCUGGGAAUCGAUGACAAUGACGCCGCUAAUAAAGAAGACGAUCUGAGUCCUUUUCAAAGGAUCGCAAGAAAUAUGGUUGACCUGACGGGCAACGGAGGGGUGCUCAAGAUUGUUCUUCAGAAAGGAUCGGGGGACAUCGUCCCUGAACUUUCAGCAGUCAGAGUGAAUUACAACGCUUACCUGGAGUACUCUGACGAGCCGUAUGACUCGAGCCACCUGCGGAAGGAGGAGAGUCGCCUGUGGCUCAGCAAAGGGGCGGUGAUGCCGGGCUUGGAGGUGGGGCUGCUGACGAUGUGCAAGGGCGAGCUGGCCCGGUUCCUGGUGCGCUCGGACUAUGCGUACGGCGCCCUGGGCUGCCCCCCACGCAUCCCGCCCAACUCCACCCUCCUCCUGGAGGUGGAGCUUCUGGGAUUCAUCGACUGCAUCAAUGUGGACGACUACUACACCAUGACGCCGGAGGAGAGAAAACGGCUGAAGCUGGAGAAGGUGCUACGAGUGGCUGUGAAUGAGCGAACGGCUGGAAACGCCCACUUUCAAGCUGGCCGCUACGACCGAGCCAUGCACAAGUACUUGAAGACCCUGCGCAUUCUCGAAAAUGCUCACCUGUCGAGCAACGAGGAGCAGAGUCAGAUGGAGGCGUCGCUCCUCAAGGUGCUGCUCAACCUGGCUCUGUGUUACCUGCGCAGGAACCGUCCUAGCAGCACUGUGCAUUAUGCCCUACGAGCCCUCCGUGUGCAACCCAACAACGUCAAGGCCUGCUUCCGACUCGGCCAGGCCCACCUGAUGCUGGGAGAUUAUGUGCGAUCACGGUACUAUCUGCUACGCGCCCAGAGCAUGGCACCGGUCCACCCCGUCAUCACGCACGAGCUCAAGGCCCUGGAGGCGAAAUGGCAAGAGUUCAACAGGUGGGAACGGGAGAUGUGCCGGAGGAUGUUUAAAGGCACCGGCGGCGGCACCGGCGGCGGCAACAGCAAGGAUGCAGGAUGCAGCACUAAUUUGGCGCGUGCGAGCGACGUCUUGGGCGAAGAGGGCAAGGAAGCGUUCGUUUCCACGCUCAAGGAGCUGAAGGACGAUGAGGGAUGCAGGGAGAUGACCUUCCCCGUGUCCCUGUUCACGGGCGCGGAGCGGACCGCGAUGAUGGCCAUAGCGCGCGAGAUGGGGUUUGACGCCGAAUGCCUUGUCCAGGGCCCUGGCAGCCUGGUGAAGAUACGGAAGAAGAACUCGCAGGAUGCUUGUCCGCGGGAUUAAGGCCGCGUAACCUUUUCAACGAAACUGUAAAAGCAACGCCCAACGGUUUUUUGGGGGUUGCUUUUCUGUUCGUAGCGUUUUGUAAACCGGAGGGGCGGGGAGGCAGCAGUGUUAAUUUUCUUUUACAAAACUACCGAUGGAAAUAUUCAUCAACGGGGGGGGGGGGGGGGGGGUGUUUGUGUUUUUAUUUUGAGUCGACGAUCGCUUGUGAGCGGACGGAACUGUUGAAGUUACGGCGACGAUGACUACGACUGCUCGGCCAAAGACGAAAGCGCGACCGUGACGAGACGAAACUAGCGAGUCUGAAUGAAGACACGGACUAAGAUAAUUUUUGUAGCCUUGUUGGAGAUCGCAGUGCGCUGAGGAAGAGCAGACAUGAUCACCUAUAUAAAUAAAGACCUUAAUGCGUCUCAAAUACUUCUAUAUUAUUUUCUAACAAGGUAGAAAGCUGACAUUUGGUACAGAGGUUACGUUUAGGACGUAAACAACAGAAAAACAUCCGAAAAUCCGAGAUUUUUCAUUUUAAGGCCCCCCAAAUCUCGAUCAAGUACCCCAUAAACAUGUUUGUGCGUGUCAUUCAGAAACCAUUCAAAUAUAAGAUUGCAGGGUUUUUUCGUUUGGUGUUGAACAGAGGCAUUCUAUAUUUUUUCGGAUUCAAGCAGUUUUGAAUGAAAGAAUCGCAUUUUUUUUAUCGUAUCUGAACCAUUCCAAAACGGUAAAAGGUAGAGGAUUACGUUAAUAUAUUUUUUUGUUCUUUCUCAUAAAAAAAGAACGGAAUCUUGAAAUUGAGCAGUUUCUGAUGGGUGUACGUCUUUAAGUAUAAGAAAUAGACUCAAGUCGUCAACAAUUAUUUUUUUGUGGAUUAAAUGCAACAUUUUUGCAGUAAAGUCUCUGAUCGUAGCUUAAAAAUUGUAAAACUAAAAAUCAUAUUAGGCUAAUACAUUUAUUGAAAACUUUGGCAUGGGCUAGUUGGCUAUACAGUAAAACCUUGGAUUGCGAGCAUAAUUCGUUCCGGAAACGUGUUUGUAAUCCAAAGCACUCGUAUA